AUUUGUUUUGGAUUCGAUGUAAAUAUAACAUAAAUGAAUUAGAACAAUUAAGACAAUCGCUUCCAUUUGUGUUUAUUAUUUUUUGCUCUGGAGACUUCAUAUAAUAUUUUAUAUGGAAAAAAUAUAUUUUCCUGUGUAAUGCAAGCAACUUCAAGAGAUUGAUUUUAACCACAGUAUUUGAAACUGAGGCAUUUAUUUCAAUUUUAUGAAUGUGGUAAUGUGGAACAUGAAAUAAAUCUGAUGUAUACGCAUAUAUAAAUUAAGUAAAAUAUGAAAACAUUGUAAUGUCAGCAUAGUACAUGUAUUAAGAAUCUUGCAUUUAUCAUACAUGCAAACUAUGUAUGUUGUACAUGCUGGUUACUGAAAACAAAGUAUUUUCUAUUCAUUAAAUAAGGAAAUUUAUUAAGUUACAACCUUUGGCAAAUAUAAAGAAAAACAUUUUAUCUGUACAUAAAGUAUCUUUUAAGUGGAGGUGCUGAAAUAUGUGGAAUACAUUCAAGUGAUAAUUUAAUAAUGAUGGAACUACUGAGUGUGGACACGAGGAUGGUAGACGUGAUCCCUGCAGACUCGGACGACAUUCCUUCCAAUGUGUUAGGGGAGACAUGGAAUCUGCCUUUCCAGGAAGACUACGACAGCGUUGCCAUGGACUCGGACCCCUCUGUGAUUGUUAUGAAUGAACCCCAGUUCCUUGCCGACCUAAUCACAGAGCGCCUGCAGAACUUUGACAGAGACGAACCACUCAAAUCAGACCAGCAGCAGUACCAGUGCAGAAAGUUUUUCAAAAAGAUGAGAAUGGAAGUCAAUGAGAGGUUUCUGACAGAUUCUGAUUCAUCCCGGUCGUCCCAUUCCUCCAUAUUGGAGAGGGAGUCCGACAGCGAAGGGUGCUAUCAUGUUCUGAGAGAGGCAAGGCGGAUGCGCAAAAAAUACAUGAGAAAACGGAGUGUGGAGACAUGUGAGCAGCAACAGCGUCAUGGGCGACAGGUUGCAGCUGAGGCCCUGCUGUGUAUGGAGUCACCGAGCGCGGGCGCGGAGAGCAAGACUUUUCUGCAGGGCAUUCUGCAGCAGCAACAGACUAACGUGUUACCACCCAGUCCGGCAGACAGUGACAGUGGUGUGUCCAGUGAUCUGGAGUCAUCUGAUGACAAGCUCAGACUGCAAGCAUACCUAGCGUCACAGACAGACAGUUCACCGAAGGAGCGUUAUGUUGCUCCGUUCUGCCAACCCCCUCCUGCUCACCAACCCCUGCCUGCUCACUUCAACACAGCCACACACGUUGCCAUGAGACCAGAUGUGUAUAAGCCCCAUCAGAGUCCUCCCCAGGGGCUGUCGUUCAUGUCAGAGUCCGACUCCGGGACCUCUUCAACCACACCUCCAUCCUCCCCGCUCAGAUACAAAAGUAAAAAAGGUCGGAAACCAAAGUUUCACGAGUUUGACCAUAGUCAGUUUGCCACAGCCAAAGAGAAAAAGGAGAGAUUCCACUUUGCAGGCAGCACAACAUAUCUGUGGGAGUUCCUGCUCCAGUUGUUACAGAACAGAGAGACAUGUCCCCGGUACAUCAAGUGGACGAACAGGGAGAAGGGCAUUUUCAAGCUUGUGGACUCCAAGGCCGUGUCAAAAUUAUGGGGUCUUCACAAAAACAAGCCCGACAUGAAUUAUGAAACAAUGGGCCGAGCAUUGAGGUACUACUAUGCGCGGGGUAUUCUUAACAAAGUGGAUGGACAGCGUCUCGUGUAUCAGUUUGCAGAGGUUCCAAAACAGAUCAUCGAAAUCGACUGCACAAAUGCAUAGCCCAACAUACAAACCCAGGAGGCUUUAUAUCUCAUGAGUGGAUCAGGAAAUCAUGUGCUCCAGGCCAUGGUUACUUGAUCUUGUGACCAGGUCAUAUGAUCACAAGAAAUCAGGUCAGACAUGCUGAAAACCUAGUCAGUCAUUGACCCAUUUAGAUUCGUUCCAGAGUCUGAUUUUGGCACCUUUUGUGUGAAAGAAUCAAAAUCACCCGCUUGAAUAGGCCAGUGCAAGAUGCUUUCAACAAUAGCAUUAGUGACCAGUGACAAAUGAAGGUCACCAUCAUUGUGCUGAUAACCAUGAUCAUAUGGUACAGUCAGAACUAGUGCUACAAGUCCUGUCUGUUUAUUGCUUGUACUGGGACAUUGUACAUUGUGAUUUUGAUCUCAGAGCUGUAGGCACUUUGAGGAAAAGAUUCUUAUAAUUUGCUAUGAGGGUAUGUGGCUCCGUUUUAAUAGAAAACAAGGGGCAGAGCAGUGCAGUGUGCCCAUGGCAAAGACCUCUAAUGAACUGCAUUGAUCCUCAUUCUGUAUAAGGAACUUUGUGCAUUUCAAUGAUAGACCAUAAUAACUUGUAUCCUUUUCAUCUGUGUGCCAUUUUUCUCUUCAUUCUAUCCCUAUAUUUCUGUAUAUUGCCAGUAUGUGUGUACAUAUCUGUAUUAUAAAAUGUUGAUAAUGAAUGAUGAUGGACAUUUUAACAAGAACUACAUAUUUUUUAAUGUAAAUAAUAAAAUGUGGUAAAUUUCCAAUUAAAUUGUUUAAAUAAG